AUACACAAAGCAACAUGCUAGGGCAAGCUUAUAACCUAAUGGCUCAUGGCUUCCUUCUUUUCCUCUUACUCUCUUGCAUUAUAUCUACAAAUAUUUAUGCCUGCAAGCAAACUGAACGCAGCUCCCUCCUGUCUUUUGCCUCCACUCUAUCUUCUCCUCCUUUAAAUUGGACAUCUCUUGAUUGCUGUCGUUGGAAAGGCAUCACUUGUGAUCAAGAUGGUUGGGUCACCCACUUGCUCUUACCUUCCAAAGGGCUCAAAGGAGAUAUCUCUCCCUUUUCACUUGCAAAUCUCACCCAUCUCACCCACUUGAACCUUUCGCACAAUUCACUAUAUGGUUCACUUGAAACUCAAUUCUUCUUGUCUUUGAAUCAACUUGAGAUCCUUGAUUUGAGCUAUAACCGUCUUUUUGGAGAACUACCACUGUAUCUUCCAUCUAUUUAUAUACGGACAGUUGAUUUGUCCAGCAAUCACUUCGUUGGUGCAAUUCCAUCUUCAUUAUUCCAACAAGCAAGCAACUUGACUAGUUUCAAUGUCAGCAACAAUAGCUUCACAGGGUAUGUCCCAUCCUCUAUUUGUCUCCAACAUUCUUCUCCCUUCCUCAGGCUAUUGGAUUUUUCUUCCAAUGCAUUAAGUGGCAACCUUGCUCCUGGGCUAGGGAAGUGUUCCAAACUGCAGGUUUUUCGUGCUGGUCACAAUAACCUCUCAGGAUUAUUUCCAGAAGAUAUUUAUAAUGCUACCGAACUUGAAGAAAUUGCAUUACCUCUCAAUUCACUACAUGGAGCCAUUAGUGAUAAAAUUGUCAACCUCACUAACCUCGCAACCCUUGAUCUCUACUAUAAUCAUUUUGGCAGUGAGCUUCCUCUCAAUUUGGGGAAGCUAUCUAAGUUGAAGUUUGUGACCCUUGAUUUCAACAAUUUAGAAGGUGCUUUGCCCCCAUCUUUGAUGGAUUGCACAAACCUUGUAGAAUUGCGUUUGGGAUCCAACAACUUGGAAGGAGAUAUCUCCAUGCUUGAUUUUUCCAGACUUAGUCAACUUACUAAACUUGACCUUAGGGCAAAUAACUUCACUGGUACAAUUCCAAGAAGUCUUUACUUGUGUAGGUCCCUAAAAGCCAUUGGAUUGUCUGGAAAUCAUCUAAAGGGACAAAUAGAAGCUGAGAUUCUUUCAUUGAAAUCCUUGUCCUUCCUCUCUCUUGCUUUCAACCAAUUCACUAACCUCACGGGGGCAAUGAAGAUAUUGAUGAGUUGUAGAAGUCUUCACGCACUUUUGCUUAGUGGUUCCUUUGUGGGUGAGGGAAUGCCAUCUGAUGAUGACAUGGUUGAUUUUCAUGGAUUCCAAAAUCUUCGGCUCUUGGCUUUGGCUGGUUCUAACCUCACUGGUCAAAUACCUUUAUGGUUAUCAAAGCUCAAGAAUCUAGAGAUUUUGGGUCUGGGUUCUAAUCAGAUCACAGGGCCAAUUCCGAGUUGGUUGGGGACUCUUCCCAGACUGUUUUAUAUAAGCUUGUCACACAACCGAAUUUCAGGUGAACUUCCACAGCAACUUUGUCGACUACCAAGGUUGCUUUAUGAACCAAUUGCAUCUCAAGUAGACAAAUAUGAAUUUGAAUUUCCUGUCUUCAGCACCAGCAUCAGCAUAGGGGCAAAUCAAACUUAUCCACAACAGAUACUGUAUUUUUUACCAGGAUGGAUAGAAGUAUCUAACAAUAACAUUAGUGGUUAUAUACCUGCUGAGAUAGGCCAAUUGCUGCUUCUCCGAAAGUUGGCUCUUGACUCCAACAACUUCUCCGGCACCAUUCCAGACCAAAUAUCGAACCUAAAAAAUUUAGAGGUUUUGGACCUCUCCAUGAAUCACUUGUCUGGAAUAAUCCCAUCAUCAUUGGCAAGUCUUAAUUUCUUAAAAGAAUUUAAUGCCUCAUACAAUAAUCUUCAAGGACCAAUACCAACAGGCACCCAACUCCAAAGCUUCAACGCUUCUGCCUUUGAGGGGAAUCCAAAACUUUGUGGUGCCCCACUUCCAAAUAAGUGCAGACCAAGUAAGGGCAUUGAUGUAUAUAACAAGAACAAUAAAGACGUGGACAAUGGACUUCAUCAAGUUCCGUGGUUUUAUAUUUUCGUUGCUUUGGGGUUCAUAGUAGGAUUUUGGGGAGUUUGUGGUUCUUUAGUUAUUAACAAGACAUGGAGAUAUGUCUAUUUUCAAUUCAUAGACAAUCUACAAGAUAGGCUCUAUGUGAUGAUAAGUUGAUAACAAUCCACAUCAACAUGAUGAAAAGAAGGCUUGGAGGCUAGACA